AGAAUCGCAAACUUCCUGUCAACUGCAAGGAUGACGGGCGCGUUUUCAGAGUGGCGCAAGCUGCCGAUAAGUCUGAGUGAGCUUUGCAUCAAUACAACCUUGCGCUGUGGCCAAUCUUUCAGAUGGCAACAGAUCCCCGAAAGUGAAGAAUGGCGUUGUGUGCUUUAUGGCAAGCUCCUGUCUUUGAAGCAAGACUCAUCAAAUCUCUAUUACCGCGAUUAUCGAUCACCAUCUUCCGCCUCUCUACCAACUCCGCCGACUUCAGAGAUUCCAUCUCGGGCGCAAUCCGACACAGAACCCGGCGACGGCAAGGCGCAUGCAGACAGCUCGCAUGAAGACCAUGUUCUCCGAAUUAUAAAGCACUAUCUCAAUCUAUCGUCAAAUCUGUCCAAUCUCUAUACCCAAUGGUCCGCACAAGAUCCCAAUUUCAGGAAAAAGGCAGCCCAGUUUACUGGAAUUCGGAUCUUGCGCCAAGAUGCCUGGGAAGCGCUGGUAUCAUUCAUAUGCAGCAGCAACAACAAUAUCUCCCGGAUCUCACAAAUGGUAGAAAAAUUGUGUCUCAACUACGGACCCUUCAUUGCCAAGGUUGGCGAACGCUCAUACCAUGAUUUCCCUACGCCAGAGGCUUUGGCGGGCAAAGACGUGGAAAGCAAUCUCCGCACCUUAGGCUUUGGGUAUCGCGCAAAGUAUAUCUACCAGACCGCUGUCAUGGUCUCUCAAGAAAGAGAGAAAGGCUGGUUAGAUAGCCUCUGCAACCCCGAAUCACCGGCUUUCGGGGUGGAAGCAAAGCCUGGUGACGAGAUGAAGCCCGAAGGACGGCAAGGUUACCGUGAUGCCCAUGAGAAACUUCUCGAACUACAAGGCGUCGGGCCAAAGGUGUCCGAUUGUGUGUGCUUGAUGGGCCUUGGAUGGGGCGAAUCAGUACCCGUCGAUACCCAUGUAUGGCAAAUCGCACAACGAGACUACCGUUUUGGUAAAAGCUCCCAUAAAUCGCUCACUAAAGCGACAUAUGAUGCUGUAGCCAAUCACUUCCGCAAGCUAUGGGGUCAGGAAGCAGGAUGGGCACAUAGUGUGCUCUUUACAGCAGACCUGCGGUCCUUUGCGGAUCGACUCGCAGCAACGAAGAAGGUUGAUGUGUCAGUGAAGGAGGAGGACUCGGAGAUCAAAAUCAAGACCGACGUGACAACUGCUGUGGCAUUAACUGUGCCUAAGGAGGAACCCGUGGAUAUAAAGGUCGAGGACUCGGAGAUCAAGCCUGUCACGAAGGCGGCCCGAGGGAAGAAGAGAAAAGACUCGACGGAGGCCAUCGUGCAUGCAUCUCAGACGACAGAGACCAGGAGGGUGUCCAAGCGACUGCGUCGAUAGAAGGUUGCCCAGGUGUGAUCUGGCGUACAAUGUAUAUUACAACUGUGUAUUAAGUGUACGAGUCAUGGAUCCUGAUCAAGGACGAGGAUUGUAAAGUAA